UAAAAAGGCAUUUGAAAUAAAACAAAUCAAUCUCAUGUCAACAUAUAUACAAAUGAGGUUGAUUUCAUCUGCAAUGGAUUGUCAUUACCUAGCGCGCGUCCUCUCCAAUGCAUUCAAGAAAUGCAUUUUAGAAAACCAUAUUGGUUGACAUCCAAGGCAAAGGUCAAGGUGGUGGGCAUUCUGUUGCACGAAUGCAGGAUGCCCUUAGAAGCCAAGAACGUCCAUUUUCAAAUGGCGAUUACAGGAAUACAGCAAACAAGUUUGUUUCAUGUGAUGCAUGCCUUCUGCAGCACCCUGGUCGUGGUUGGCGCGCAGAAACCCGUGGACUGCGUUCUAAACACACAGUCAUGGAAUGCAACCCUGAGAAGAUAUGUAAGGGAAGGCAAUUACGAGGCAACCCUUAGAGUGUAUAAUUGUUACAGAAUGCAAAUGCAGGAAGAUGUUUCAACGUUUCCCAUCAUGUUCAAGGCAUGCGGGGCGCUUGGAGCCCUGGAAGAGGGCAUGGCGAUUCACGCUUGCGUCGUUGCACAUGGUUUUGAGUUAAAUGCCAAUGUAGCCAAUACCCUUCUGGUGAUGUACACUAAAUGCUCGCGGAUGGAGAUUGCGCGCCAAUUGUUUGACAAAAUGCCCAUUCGAGAUGCGGCAAGCUGGACCUCCAUGAUUGCGGGUUAUGGCCGAACAGGGAAUUUGAGCGAGGCAAUCACUUUGUUUCACGAGAUGCAGACCGCAAGGCUGAAAGCCGACGUUAUCACCUGGACCGCCAUCAUAUCUGCCUACGCGCGCAAUGAUUGCCCCGCUGAUGCUCUCAACACCUUUCGUCAAAUGCGAGUAAAACCCAAUGCUGUCACACUCGUCGUCGUUCUCGCUUCGUGUGCAGAUUUAGCAGCCCUGCGUCAGGGUAUGCAAAUUCAUGGAUAUGUAAUAAAAAAUGGGUUUGAGUCGUGCCUCGUUGUGGAGAAUGUCGUCAUCGACUUGUAUGCCAAAUGCAGGAAGAUGGAGGAUGCAAAUCAAGUGUUCGUAGAAAUGUCGGAGAGGGAUGUGGUGUCAUGGAACGCAAUUAUUGGCUGCUAUGCAUUGACUGGGCAAAAUGUGCAGGCCAUGAAUCUAUUUCAACAACUCCAAAGUACAAAUAUAAACCCAAAUAUUAUCACCUGGAGUACAGUGAUUGCAGGGCAUGCUCAACAUGGGAACAGUAACGAAGCCCUAAAUCUUUUUCGUGAUAUGCAACUCGCGGGUGUGAAACCUGUCUCUAUCACAAUAGCAACUGUUCUGCCUUCCUGUGCACACUUGGGAGCUCUGCACCAUGGCAAAGAGAUUCAUGGUUAUGUAGUCAAAAGUCAUUUGGAAUCAAAUCUCACUGUGGGAAACGCCCUUAUAGACAUGUACACCAAAUGCGGUAGUGUUGAAUAUGCACGCCGCGUGUUUGAAAAAAUGGUUCACAGAGAUGUGAUUUCAUGGAAUGCAAUUAUUGGGGGAUAUCGUAUGCAUGGACACGGGGAGGAAGCCCUCAGGCUUUUUGAUGAUAUGCGACGACAAGGCGUGAGACCUGAUCACAUCACCAUCAUUGCUGUCUUGUCUGCGUGCAGUCAUUCUGGGCUUGUGGACGAGGGUUGGAGACACUUCGAACAGAUGACUAAAGAUUAUGGCGUCUUACCCUGUGUUCAGCACUAUGCUUGCAUGGUUGACAUCCUUGGUCGUGCCGGGCACUUGGAUGAGGCACACCAAUUUAUUAAAAUGAUGCCACUAAAGCCAAAUUCUUCUGUCUGGGGAGCCUUACUUGGUGCCUGCCGAAUCUAUGGCAACAUUACACUGGCAGAAUGUGCUGCACAACAUCUAUAUGAUCUUGAGCCUGAGACUACUGCAAAUUAUAUUCUCCUCUCGAAUAUCUAUGCUGCAUCUGGUAGGUGGGAAGAAGCACAAAAGGUAAGAAAGCUGAUGAAAGAUAGAGGACUAAACAAGAAGCCAGGAUGCGCAUGGAUUAAGCUUAAGAACAGGAUUUAUUCAUUUGUUGUUGGAGACACUUCUUUGCCAAGAUUACAUGAAAUAUAUGCAAUAUUAGAUAGUUUGGCAAGGAAGCUGAAGGAAGAAGGGUAUGUUCCCGACACAAACUUUGCUCUGCAUGAUGUGGAUGAGGAGGAAAAAGAACAAAUUCUAUAUGGCCACAGUGAGAAGUUAGCCAUUGCCUUUGGGCUAAUGAACACUUGUCCUGGGACAACUAUCCAAAUAACCAAAAAUCUACGAGUGUGCGGUGACUGCCAUAUUGCAAUCAAGCUAAUUUCCAAAGUUGCUGGGAGAAAAAUUAUUGUAAGGGACACAAGUCGUUUCCACCAUUUUGAGAAUGGACUGUGUUCUUGUGGGGAUUAUUGGUGAGGCUUAUUGAAACAUACAACACAUCGCUAUAUAAGUGUCCUCGUGCUCAAUAUGGACUCAUCCAAGUUUGCAACACAUGCAUGUUGAUAUGAGGUGCAGAUGUAGAGCUGUAAAAUAAAUGAUUAUAGGGCAAUGCGAGCAGUCCUCUAUUGCCCGUGCCUUAAUAAUGUGGUUUAACGAAUUUAUUUCUGAUAUCCAAACCUGUAAGGCUACAAGUUAGCUUAAGGAGCUAGAACUGUUUCUAUUACAUUGAGCAUGGGUUUUGGCUUGCUGCCUAACACAGGAAACAAUACAAGCGUGUGAUAUGAGGAUUCAACCUUGUUUAUUUGUCAGAUAUGACUUGCUCGAUCUAUUUCUGGGGUACAGGUUUGAACGAGUACAUAAUCAUGAGUAUAGGUUUGAAGAUAUGAUUUCAUAAAAAAUAAAUUCAGAACUUCUCUACAAAUCUAUAAGAGAUGUGAUGCUACAUGUAUACAUGUUGGAGAUUAAUACAAGCUGAUAUUUGCCAUCAAACUGGGAGUAGCAUAUAAACAUAGAAAACGGUAACAAAAUAACAGAAAGAAACUCAGUAGCUGGGUGGUUUUGUUUGUGACAAAAACAUUUACAGGACUGAUUCACAUACAGAUGUUCCUGCUAGAAACCUGAUCACUGGCUCAUGGUUAUUAUCAGUGACAACACCGAAUUAUUUAGUGUCAGUAUGACUACUGCUAGAAUUAAAGAGAGUUAUUGGAGGCACUGGAGUUUAUAUAUUAUUGCAAGCACAUACUUCGAUGGUUAUUCUUGACAUUGACUGGGCCAAACAAUUUUGCAAUCUUGUAUGACAAUCAAUGUUUUGCUAUGCCUUCACUACAUGUACACGGUAUUUAUCUUGAGAAUUGAAGGUUUCAUGUACACGGUAUUUAUCUUGAGAAUUGAAGGUUUCCGGUUUGAAGCCGUGAUGAUAAACUUAAACAAGGAAUCUUCAUGUUGUUAAAUGACAAUGAUUGAUGAAGAUCUGUUAAAUGAUUUUA